AUACCUGUCAUCAAAUUCGACUUCUUCAAAGAUUUUUUAGGUUGUUCAGCUUGGUUUGGUUCAGCAUCAGCUGUGGUUCAAUUCAACUUUCUAUAUUCCGAAUUAUAUUUCAAAAUAAUUUUUCAAAAAUUAAAUCUUCCUCUAAAACUAAGUGAACUUGUGAUAAUCACAUAAUGGUUCUGGACCUAGACUUGUUUCGCGCAGACAAAGAUGGAGAUCCGGACAAAAUUCGUGAAAAUCAACGCAAACGUUUCAAAGACGUUGGCUUAGUGGACACUGUGGUUGAACAAGAUACCUUAUGGAGAAAACUACGCCACGACGCCGACAAUUUGAACAAGCUCAAGAAUGUGUGUAGCAAAGAGAUUGGGCAGAAGAUGAAGAGUAAAGAACCGGUUGGUCCAGAGGACGAGUCAGUACCUCAGGAAGUCUGUGAUAACCUUAUUAACCUUACUGGCGAGCAGUUGCGGCCGCUCACCGUCAAUCAAAUUAAAAAGGUUAGAAUACUCAUAGAUGAUGCAAUAACAAAGAAUGAGCAAGCUCUCAUGACAGCAGAGAAAGCUCGUUCAGCAGCUCUCAGAGAAGUAGGUAACCACUUGCAUGAGUCUGUACCAGUGGACGAUGAUGAAGACCACAAUGGCAUUGAAAGGACCUAUGGAGACUGCACUGUGAGACAGAAGUACUCACAUGUGGACCUCAUUUGUAUGAUAGAUGGUAUGGAUGGUGAGAGGGGUGCUGCUGUGGCUGGUGGUAGAGGUUACUAUCUCAAAGGACCAGCAGUGUUUCUGGAACAGGCCUUAGUCCAACUGUCCCUUAGGAUUCUUUUAAAAAAGGGAUACACACCACUUUACACACCAUUCUUUAUGAGGAAAGAGGUGAUGCAAGAAGUAGCUCAACUAGCUCAAUUUGAUGAGGAAUUGUACAAAGUAGUGGGUAAAGGGUCGGAGAACAAGGGAGACACGGUUGUGGAGGAAAAGUAUCUCAUCGCCACCUCUGAACAACCCAUAGCCGCUUACCACAGGGACGAGUGGAUUCCAGAAGCUUCCCUGCCUAUAAGAUACGCAGGUCUGUCAACUUGUUUCCGGCAAGAAGUCGGAUCCCACGGGCGAGACACUCGCGGCAUCUUUAGGGUGCAUCAGUUUGAAAAGGUAGAACAAUUUGUUCUGACCUCACCCCACGACAACGCAUCCUGGACUAUGAUGGAAGAGAUGAUCACCAACGCUGAGGAAUUCUGCCAAGUGCUCGGUAUCCCGUACCGCGUCGUGAACAUAGUUUCUGGUGCCCUUAACCACGCAGCUGCUAAGAAGUUAGACCUUGAGGCGUGGUUCCCAGGGUCUGCAGCCUUCAGAGAGUUGGUCUCGUGCAGCAACUGCCUCGAGUACCAAGCCAGAAGACUGCUGGUCAGGUACGGGCAAACUAAGAAAAUGAACGCAGCUACAGAGUACGUGCACAUGUUGAACGCGACCAUGUGCGCCACCACGCGCGUCAUCUGCGCUCUGCUCGAGGUGCAUCAGACUGAGGAAGGCAUCAAGGUUCCAGAAGUGUUGAAAGAUUGGAUGCCAGAACAGUACCAAGAGCUUAUACCAUUCGUGAAGCCCGCGCCCAUCGACAUGGAAGCAGCCGCCGCCGCCAAGAAAGGCAAGAAACAGAACGAGAAGAAAUAGUCAUUUAGUCGCUAUUGCUAGACUUGUAAAUGAUUGCAAACGCUAUUAUUGGCUAUAAUGUGAUACUAGUUUUCGUACGCAACUUCGCAUAUAUUUCGAUUUUUUUAAAUCAGGUAGGAACCUAAGUUUUCUCAUAACGGUAGCCAUACACGAUAUUUGGACUAUUGUAUAGCAAAAAAAUACGAUAACGCUGAACACUUUAAUUACCUAAUUGAAGAAAAAUAAGUUUAUCAAUUGCAAUCAAGUUUGGCAAUAGAGCAUUAAAUCAGAAACUCACAUUCAUUUUCCGCAAUGGCAUUUAACUUAUUUCUAUGCUAAGCUUAAAGUUUAUAUAUGUUUAUUUACAUUAAAUGAAUGACUUAUCUUGAA